CGAAGUUUAGUGUUCAGUGUCUCAUUAGAAACAUGUCUCUCAUUCAGCUCUUUAUAUUAGUGUCAAUAAAUUUAGUAACAGUGCUAUCACAGAAUGUGUUGGGUCAGCUGCUGGGUGGAAAUGGACUGGACUUUGGAGGUGGCGGCAUCCUGGGUGGUGGAGGGGGAGGAGUCCUAGGAGGCGGCGGAGGAGGAAUCCUUGGAGUGGGAGGAGGAGGUAUCAUAGGUGGUGCAGCAGGAGGAGGCGCAAUACUAGGAGGGGGAGCAGGAGGUGGUGCAGUCCUAGGAGGCAAUCCUUUAGGACUAGGAGGUCUGGGACCAUUGGGUGGCCUGUCAUUUCCUUGGUAUGGUCAACAGCAACAGCAGUCCAUGCCUUGCCUUCCUGGCUGUGGCUUGGUCUACCAAUGCCAAGGAUGUACUGGUGGUUUUGUCAUAGUCAACAGUACAGUGGCACAGCAGCAGCCCAUGACACCCAUGCCUUCAAUGCCAACCACAAUGCCAACUAGGACGCCUGGAAUGCCCAGUCCAACUCCAGGGAUGCCAAGCCCUGGUACAAUGCCACCAACAACACGACCUGGAAUGCCUGGGGCCCCAGGUGGUAUGCCUGGUGCCCCAGGAGGAAUGCCUGGAGGUCCUCCUGGUGGAAUGCCAGGUGCUCCUGGAGGGAUGCCUGGUGCCCCAGGCAGACCUGGUGCUCCUGGUGGAAUGCCAGGAGGUCCAGGUGGAAUGCCUGGUGCUCCAGGAGGAAUGCCAGGUGCUCCAGGCAGACCUGGUGCUCCGGGUGGAAUGCCUGGAGGUCCUCCUGGUGGAAUGCCAGGAGGUCCUCCUGGUGGAAUGCCUGGAGGUCCUGGUGGAAUGCCUGGUGCUCCUGGGGGAAUGCCAGGCAGACCUGGCAGUCCAGGUGGAAUGCCUGGUGCUCCAGGUGGAAUGCCUGGUAGUGCUCCUGGUGGAAUGCCUGGAGGACCUCCUGGUGGAAUGCCUGGAGGUCCUCCUGGUGGAAUGCCGAGUGGUGCUCCAGGUGGAAUGCCUGGAGGAAUGCCAGGCAGACCUGGAGGUCCAGGUGGAAUGCCUGGUGCUCCUGGUGGUGCACCUGGUGGAAUGCCUGGAGGUCCUCCUGGUGGAAUGCCUGGAGGUCCUCCUGGUGGAAUGCCUGGAGGUCCAGGUGGUAUGCCUGGUGCCCCUGGUGGAAUGCCAGGUGCUCCAGGCAGACCUGGAGGUCCAGGUGGGAUGCCUGGUGCUCCUGGUGGAAUGCCAGGUGGUAUGCCAGGAGGAAUGCCAGGUGGCAUGCCAGGAGGAAUGCCAGGUGGUAUGCCUAUACGGUCACCAGCUCCUGGUGGUAUGCCAGGCAUGACCGCCACUACCACUACCACACGGUUACCGACUACAACGCAGACAAACACAACUACCACCACCACAGUUCUCUACAUCUAUCCUUCAUGGUGCAGUUCAUGGUGUCAACUCUACUACAGACCAAAACCACGUCCCAAGUGUCUUCUUCUGUCAUGGUUGGGAAUUUGAGCUCAACAAAUAAAUUUAUUUUUAAAUAAAAUAUGCGAUUUUUUAAUAAACCACUCAACCAGACACAUCUAUUCCAUAAAAUAUAAUAGCGGGUAGCAUGUAUAGUUGUAUAGAAUCGAUUACAUUUACCCACACACACUCACUCCCUCUCUCUCUCGUGCCUAUCUAAUGUA